GUUUAGUAUCUGCAAGUUACUGCCAUUCAUCGUUAGGCCUUGACUCGCCGCGGCGCUCUAGGCGUGCGUAACGAACCCGACUGAAAGCCUACGAGCCCACAAUGACGCGCCCGUGAGCACUCUUUAAACAUUAUAGAUAGUAUGGUUGGCUAGAGAGCUGCCGGGGCCAGCAGCAGGCCUUUUCCCCAGCCGCACCCAUUCGCGGAGAACCCAGAGAGGAGAGGGCUCUUGGCCAGGUCUCUUGGCCAGGCGUGCCCGGCGGUCCGGCCUCGCGGAGCAGCAGCGGGCGAGGAGGGCGAGCGGGGCUAGUCGCCGGAGCAGCAUGGCGCCCUGAGGCGCUCACCGGCCUCUGCGGUGUUUAGGACACAGCCUCGUGGGCGGGCUUCUGCCCAUCUAUAGAGUCAAGAGCGGCAUCAUGGGGGACCAGGUCCUGGACCUGGCAGUGCAAGCGCAAGUCUUUGAGAUUUGCGCAGCGCCCAUCUGGAUAUAUGACAGCACAUUUAGCGUCAACGUAUGGGGAAACAAGGCUGCCUUGGAGCUGUUUGGCGUGGAUGAGGCCUCGUUCAAGGCCGCUCAGGUUGAGCAGCUCGGCUCCUUCACGCCGGAGCAGCUGCGGCUAUGGAAAAAGCUGAACGCGCAAGUGCACCAGGACGUGGAGGUCGAGAAGAAGGAGAUCAACGUGACGGUAACCACCGGCGAGCCGGUGCCGGGCUUCCUGAAAUUGGAGAAGGCCCGAGUGGUGCUGAAAGCAUCAUACCGGGCCAUUCGCUUGCGGGAGGGCUCUUCGUCGCGCGAGCGGGACCUCACGUUGAUACAGGUCACUGCGCAGGUGGCGCCCACCGUGGAAGACAACCAGCUGCGCCUCGUGGAGAUGUGCAACAAUCACCCCAUGUUUCAGUUCUUGUUCGAUGAGAGCGGCAAGCUGCUGGCAGCGAACAAGCGGGCCAUGUGCAACAUGCGAGAACACCUCGGGUCGUGCGAAAACUACAACCUCCAAAACUACCUCGCCAUCGGGGAGUGUGACGGCAGCCUCGGGCCGGAUGAGAUGUAUAAGGAGGCCAUGGAGGCGAUAUUCGUGCUCGAGCAGCCGUGCCACCGCUUCCCGCAGCUUAGAUGGAGCAAGCGGCAUCCGGGAAAGUACCGCUGGGUGCUGUACGAGAUGUGGCCGUCCAUCGACCCGGUCAGCCAGCAGAAGGCGGUGCUGGUGUGUGAGCAGAACAUUUCGCAGGUGAAGGCGCUGGAGGAGCAGAUCAAGAAGCAAAACGAGCGGCUCGAAGCGCAGCUGGAGGAGGCGCUCGCGCAGCGCGACCCAGUGCACAAACCGGCGAUCGACAUUGACACGCCGGCAGACAAGACGUUGAAGCUGCUAGAUAAAAUCAUGCGGGGGAAGCUGACGGAGGUGACGCCGCGGGAAGCCCAGGAGGUGCGCGACGCCAUUAUCCAGGCGGGCGACCUGCGGCAGCCCGUUAACUUCAACGAGCAGCUGAUGAAGAACAGCCAGACGGUACUGGACAGCGAGGUCAGCCAGUCGCUGAUCCAGCUGCUCAGUUCCAGACGACCAGCCAAGAUCAAGGAGGAGGACGACGAGGGCGAGGACCAGCCGAAGCCCGGGCACCCGAACCAGGACCUGCGGCACAUCUACGCACGCAGCAACGUGACGCAGGACAGCGUGCGGGCGCUCAUCGCCAUGCACAAGAACCUGCCGGAUGAGGUGCUGACGGUGCUGCAGAGGAUAGACGACUGGCAGUUCGACGCAUUCAAGCUGAAUGAGGUCAGCGGCGGGCGGCCGCUGUCGCUGCUGUCUUACGCGCUCAUGAAGCACAACGGGUUAGUGGACAAGUUCCAGAUGGACGACCACCGGCUCGUUAAGUUCCUCAUGCGGGUCGAGGACGGGUACCCCAACAACCCGUACCACAACCGGAUCCACGCGGCGGACGUGCUCCAGAGCUUGCACGUGCUUGUGGUGCGCGGCGGCCUCAAAGCGCCGGACCACACGUACUGCGACGACGUGUCGCUGGCGUCGUGCUACCUCUCGGCGAUCAUCCACGACUUCGAGCACAAGGGGGUCAACAACGACUACCUCAUCCGCGUGUCGGACGGGCUAGCGGUGUUGUACAACGACCGCUCGCCGAUGGAGAACCACCACUUGGCGGCAUCAUUCCAGCUCAUGAACUCGGACGAGUACAACUUCCUGCGCAAGAUGCACAACAAGCAGCGGGAAACGCUGCGCAAGCAGAUCAUCGAGAUGGUGCUCGCUACCGACAUGAAGCAGCACUUCGCCAUCCACAGCAUGUUCCAGGCCAAGAUGCAGCUGAACGGGACGGUGCCCAGCGGCGGGAACGGGAGCGGGGGGAAGACCAUGCGCUCCUCCCCGCACAGCACAAGCCAGGACGGACACAAAGUCGUGGACGAGGAUCAGCGCAGCCUGGUGCUGCAGGUGGCGCUCAAGUGCGCAGACCUGGGCCACCUGGCGAGCCCGCGCAUCGUGCACAAGAAGUGGGUGCAGUACCUGGAGGAGGAGUUCUUCCGGCAGGGCGACCGCGAGAAGCAGAACAACCUGUCGGUGUCGCCCCUCAUGGACCGGGACAAGAACGGCAUCUCCAAGUCGCAGGUGGGCUUCUUCGACAUCGUGGCCUUGCCGCUCUUCCAGAGCUUCGCGCAGGCGUUCCCGGAGGCGACGCCAAUGCUCGACGCCGUGAAGGACAAUUAUGCCAUGUGGCGUGAGGAGGCGGCCGUGUACACCAACGCCAACAGCGCACGCAGCAGCAAGUAGUCGGCGUGACCGCAGCGUGCCAAAGCUGCGGCUGCCCGGCGCGCGCGCAUGACUAUGAUUAACGCGCAGCGGUGCAUCGCUGCGGCGUUCUUGCGGGCGCGCUGUUUGGGUUGAUUGAGAGCGUGCGCUGUGGCGGGGCGGCGCGCGGCGGCGGCAGGAGGGGCGGGCUGUGUGGGCUGGGAUGCCCCCACAUGCCUCUUCCUGUGCCGACUGUGUGCCCGGCCCCAAGGUUUGUAGACGUGUGAUUUCUGAACCGCGGAGCGCCUGAGAAUGCGGCCACGCCGGAGCCGCCAUGAAUGCCUUCACUUUGCCGUCCACGCCGGGCGGCCGGCAUGGCGGUAUGUACUUUGGUUUGCUAGAGGACCCAGACGUGUGUGUGCAUGGCCUGUUUUGUCUGUGUGGAGGUUGGCAGCGCUUGCAGUGAGGCCCGAUAGGAUAGCCCUCGCAAGCAGGUCCAAGAGGAUGACUGUCGCAUACACGUUAAUUUGGAUGUUGGAUGGCGUUAGGAUGGCCCUGUGUGCGGGCUGUGCGCGUGUGAAGUUUUAUGCCGCUUGGCUCUGCGGCGGCAUUCAUCGAGGUCAGUCGUGAUCGUGGCAGCUGGACAAGGAGCAGGUACUGCAUACGUGAAUACAAUAUCGCAGCCAAGGCUUGCCGGGGCGAGUCUAGGGUGCAAAUCGCUCUCUAGGGUGCAGGUCGCUCUCUUUGUGCAUGACUAAUCGCCAUACAGACACUGAGCCGCGCGCCGAACUCGGCCGAUUGCCGCAACCAAGACUACUGAGCAAAAGAGUGGUGCGCCUGGCUGCGCUGUGCGAUUUCGCGUGAGCACUGGAGCAUGGAGUGUGAGCACUGAGGAAGCGUGUAACUGUGUUUGAGAUUUCGAACAUAGCUGUCACCAGGAGAGGCCCUCCCCAGGCUGUCACCAACCCGCAACAUGGCGACACGACGGAUAGCU